CAUGUCAAAAGCAAAUAUGGACCAAAAACAAAUGCAUUUUGUUCUGGUACAUGGUUCUGGCAUGGGUGCCUGGAAUUGGUACAAGCUUAAGCCACGUUUAGAAUCAUCUGGUCACAAGGUCACAGCACUUGAUCUUGCAGCUAGUGGCAUCAACACUGAGGAAGUUGAAGAUGUUGAUACUUUUGUUGAGUAUUCUAAGCCUUUGUUAGAUUUCAUGGCCUCACUUGGUCCAAAUGAAAAAGUAGUUUUUGUGGGACAUAGCUUUGGAGGAAUGAGUAUAGCCCUUGCAAUGGAAAAUUUUCCUACAAAAAUUUUAGUUGGAAUUUUCUUAGCUGCUUUUACUCCUGAUACCGAACACAAACCAUCUUAUGUCCUACAACUGUAUAUUGAAAGAUACCGAAGUAUGGGAUGGUUAGACUCUGAGGUUUCAUUUGAUGGAAACAAAACAUUGAUAAGUUUUGGACCCAAGCUACUGUCCACAAUGUUCUUCCAACUCAGUCCCAGAGAGGAUUAUGAAUUGGUUUUGGCUUUAGGAAGGAGAACGUCACUCUUUAUAGAAGAUUUGUCUGAGGCUGAAAAUUUCUCCAAAGAAGGAUAUGAAUCUGUUCCACGUGCUUAUAUUGUUGCUAAUGAUGACUUAGCAAUUCCAGUGGAGUAUCAGUAUUGGAUGAUCCAAAAUGCUGGGAUUGAUAUGGUGAAAGUGGUCGACAGAGCAGACCACAUGGCUAUGCUUUCUAAUCCUCAAGACCUUUACUUAUCCCUCCUUGAUAUCGUUAAUAAAUACACCCUUUAGUCAUUAUUAUAAGUAAAAUUUUACUUUUUAGAUAUAUUGAAUAAUUAAUGUAUUUAAUCUUUAAUUAUUAUAGACUAGAUACAUAAAAUGAAAUUUUCUUAGAGAGUAUAAUUAAUUGAUAUGGAA